CAGAUGACCAGAUCCAAACGAAGCAAACCCGUGGUAGCAGAAGCUAAAAUGGCGUCGGGUGCCAUUUCAGUGGAGUCGAAGAAAAUUGUGGAUUUGCGCGUCAUUGAUCUAAAAACAGAGCUCAAGCGAAGAAAUCUAGACAUUGCUGGCGUGAAAAAUGUUCUAAUCGCCAGAUUGAAGCAGGCCAUUGAAGAUGAGGGGGGAGACUCAGAGAACAUCGAGAUCCCCGUCUCUGGCGACACGCCCACACGCAAGGGCACCAAGCCCAAAGGAAAGAAGGUGGACUCGGACACAGACAACACAGCUGAGGAAGAGGGCUUCAACAAGGAGAUGGAAGAGGAGGAGUCCGAGAAAGAUGUCACUGAGACCGAUGACGGUACUCAUGACAAUUCUAAAGCGCUAGCCAGCGAAGACGACGGCCUCGCCGAGGCCGAGGUGGAGAACGGGAACGAGAACGGCGAGGCCGCCGCCGACGAGAACGAGACGGGAAGCGAAGCUCCUGCCGAGGCUGAGGCGGAAUCCGAGGGCGGCCCACAAGAGGCCGAGACGGAGCCGGAGCCGGAUGCGAGUGCCGACGCUGACCCCGAGCCCGAGCCAGAACCUGAACCCGAGGUGGAGCCGGAACCGGAGGUGGAACCGGAGGUGGAGGAGGAUCACAUAUCCGUCACCAUCCAGGCGGAGGACGCCAUCACGCUGGAUGUGGACGGAGACGACCUGCUGGAGACGGCGGCAGGUAAACAUGUGGUGAGAGUUCCAGAUGCCGAGGCGGCUCAGGGCGCUAGUGCCGGCGGCAACCAGCCCUGCAGCCAGACGAGCCCCGGGCGCCGUGACGACACCAACGCGGCCGCCACCUCCUCCUCCGGCAAGGACGCCGCGGCCGGCCACAAGGAGGCCAGCAAGAAGGAGGACGCGGCCAAGCCAGACGCCUCCUCUUCCUCCUCCUCCUCCUCCUCCUCGGGCAGCAAGAAGGAGGGCAGGGAGGCCUCCAAGAAGACUGAGGCGGCUGACAAAGAGAAGGAGGCGGGGAAGAAAGGCCCCUCGGCGACAGGGGCCGCAGGUCCAGUUAAGAGCUCCUCCAAGGACAAGGACGGGAAGCCUGCUAAAGACGACAAAGGUGGAGCCAGUGGGGGCGGGGCCGGCAGUUCCACCCGCAACCUUUGGGUGAGCGGCCUGUCGUCCAACACCAAGGCAGCUGAUCUCAAGAACCUGUUUGGAAAAUACGGCAAGGUGCUGAGUGCCAAGGUGGUGACUAAUGCGCGUAGUCCGGGCUCCAAGUGCUACGGGCUGGUCACCAUGUCCUCUAGUGCGGAGGUGUCCCGAUGCAUCUCACACCUCGACCGCACAGAACUACACGGACAACACAUCUCUGUGGAGAGGGUGAAGAGUGACCCGUUUAAGAAGGAGGGAGAGGACAAGAGCAGCUCAGCUAAGUCAUCUGGAGACAAACGCACCCCCACCAGCAGCAAGACCUCUAGCAAGAGUCCUGCGUCGUCUAAGAAGGAUGAGAAGAAGGGGAGCGACAAGGGAAGCGAUAAGGAGCCUAAAGAGGCGACUAAGAAGACAGCUGACUCCAAAAGCAGCAAGACAGACACCACACACACCUCCUCAACUACACCCGCUGACCCCGCCAAGAAGACCGACGACAAGAAGAAGCCAGGUACACACACACACACACACACCUCCUCAACUACACCCGCUGACCCCGCCAAGAAGACCGACGACAAGAAGAAGCCAGGUGCGUCUCCCAGGGCCCCCAACAAGUUGGUGGUGAUCGACCACACGGGCCGAGAGGGCUUCAACAGGGCCCCCUACGUCAGGAGAGGAGGACGCUUCGAAAAGGUGGAGGUGAUCAAGUCUAAGUUGCCCAGUAAAGACAUAUUGCCCUUUGACAAGAUGAAGGAGCAGAAGAUGAAAGAGAGACUCGUCAGACUGGAGCGCUUCCACAGAGCCAUGGAACUACGCAGGCGUCGUGAGAUGGCGGAGCGUGAGCGUCGUGAGCGUGAGCGCGUGCGUCUGAUGAGGGAGCGCGAGGAGCGCGAGAACCUGAUGAGGGAACGCCAACGCCUAGAAGUGGAACGCCAGAAACUAGAACGAGAACGCAUGGAGAGGGAGAGACUGGAGAGAGAACGCAUACGCAUCGAACAGGAGCGUCGUAAGGAGGCGGAGCGUCUGGCGAGGGAGAGGGAGGAGCUUAGACGGCAGCAGGAACAGCUGCGAUACGAGCAGGAGAAACGCAACAACCUGAAGAGAACCAGAGACCAGGACAACAGGCGUGAUGACCCGUACUGGAGUGGCGGGAAGAAGGCUGCUGUGGAGGGAGAGGGGGGGGGUCGCCUGAGUGGGGGGGGCUCGGGCUCCGACUACACCCGACAGCAGGGACGCUUCAACGACUUCAACAACCCCCGCGACCGAGAACGCAACACACGCUACCCAGACACCACCAACACACCCAACACCUUCGACAGGCGUGGAGGAGGAGGAGGUGGUGGAGGUCGUUUUGAGGGCGAUAAGAAGUCUCGUGCGGGCGGAGCUGGUGGCGGUCGUGGUGGCGGCGGCGAGGGUUCCGGGGGCUUCGAGCGCUACCCCCCUAAAGCGUCCUACCCCCCCAAAGCCUCUUACGAGACCGUGCGCCGCCAGGAAGCUCCGCCCCCUCCUCCCCCGCGCCCCGAGAUGAGGGACUCCGACCGCCGAGCUCCAGACCACACCCACCGGGCCCCAGAACACGCCCCCAGACGCAACGUGGCCAUCCCUGAUAGGCCAGCGCCCAGGGCCCCGCCCCCACCCAGCCUCACGCACACACACACUCACACACGCUCCCCACGAGAGCCCACACACACCCACACACACUCUCACGCACACACACACUCCGGCUGGAAGGGAGAGGGCAGCAUCAGCUCCAACAAGGGAGACAUGAGGGGUGGUGUUCGCGGCGUGCAUGCGGAGCGUGCAGGAGGUCGUGACGGCCCCAGUGGCCCCCUGAGAGGAACAGGAGCCGCCAGCAGAGGGCGCUCAUCAUUCACAUCAGGCAGCAUGGACACACAGCACUUCUCUGGUAGUCGUCAGGUGGUUGUCGAGCGUCACGGCAGAGAGGCGGGGCCGAGGAAGGAAUGGGGCGGGGCCUCCCACAGCAGCCACGGUGGCCACGCCCCCUCUAGCUACAGCAGCGAACCACGACGCAUGGACACCUCUCGACCAAUCAUGAACAGCCAUUCCUCCAGCGGUGGUAUGAAUCGCAUCGUGCAGAUCACCAACUCCUCCCUGUCUCCUGGCAACGUGGGCGGCGGCUUCAAGUCCUUCAAAGGAGCUCCGCGACGCUUCUAGAACCCUCAAGAACCCCUUGGCCCCGCCCCCACACCCAUUGACUCCGCCUUCAUGUCCCUUGACCCCCCCCCCCCC